AGCGAACAAAAAAGCCUAACCCGAAACACCCGAAAUGAGUCGGUUGCGUUGGAAUCAAACCCGCCCAAAUCUCCGACACACCUUAAACCCCCAAAGCCGAAUCCCAUAAACCCUUUUCCUUCUUCCCAAAACCCUUCACAGCCAAUUCCAAUGAAAAAGCCAAGUAAAACCCUAAGCACCAUGCUGGGACAAGAACAGAACCAAGAGCCACAACAAGACCAACAAGAAGAGCCGUUAAAAGAUGGCUCCGACAUUUGCCAACAGCUCAUGGACCGCUACGCCAAGUCCUCGGCCCCGCAGCACCGCCACCUCGUCGCCACUGCAGCGGCAAUGCGCUCGAUCCUCACCUCCGAAUCCCUCCCCCUGACUCCGUCCGCCUACUUCGCCGCAGCCAUCGACUCCGCGUCAUUUAGCGAUUCUCAGACCCUGGACCCCACCGCUGUCGCCGCGCUGUUGUCGUUUUUGUCGAUUGUGGUACCGCUGUUGCCGCCGCAGGGGAUUGCGGCGCCAAAGGCAAGCGAGGCGGUGGGUGUCCUCGUGGGAUUGGUUGGGAAGGAGAGGGAGGGGCUUGCUGUGGCGAGCGUGAGAGCUGCGGUGAAGUGUUUAGGGGUUUUGUUAGGGUUUUGCGAUUUGGAGGAUUGGGAUUCUGUCAAAUUAGGGUUUGAAACGUUGCUGAAUUUCUCAGUUGAUCGGCGUCCCAAGGUUAGGAGAUGUGCUCAAGAUUAUCUUGAGAAGGUUUUUACUUCUUUUAAGUGCUCAGCUGUUACAAAGUCGGCGAGCAAGUUGGUACUGUUUUUGCUUAAAAGUCAUAUGCCUUUCGCAGCAAAAUUAAGUGGUUUGAGAGCUGUAGAUGGGUCAAAAGAUGAUAAAUUGAUGAAACCUGAACAUUUAGAGGUCCUUUAUAUGUUGGAUGUAGUGAAGAUUAGCUUCCCGUGUCUCCCGGAAAAAGUCAGUUCAAAAAUAAUGUCUGAAAUACAGAAGCUUAUGAGCUCACAGUUCUCAGUGCUUACAAGGCACGUUCAUAAAAUUAUUGAGGCAUUUUUUGAAACAUCAAGAGUUGAAGUUGUUGUUCCGGAGAUGGAGAAGAUUGUAGUUUCCCUGGCUUCGUAUGUCUCUUUGGGAGAUAGGAAUCCCUUGGACACUGUUAUCUCUGCGGCAACCUUCUUAAAACGUGCUCUGGGUGUACUUCAUGACAGAGAAUCAAGCUCGUGGAUUAGUAAUCUUCCUCUAGUUUGUGGUUCUGUAGCAGGUCUUCUAACUUCUGAGGCUAGCACUGCAUCACAGGCUUCAAGUAUAUUGAAAGAGUUGCUCAGCCGUCAUGUGGAUCAUAAAUUUCUCAAAGAUAAACCAUUUGACGAUGAACUUCAGGAGAGCAUGGAAGCAAGCGCAGUUAAAUCAAUAUGUGCUGUCUUUGAGAAUACCCUCAGUGCUCUUAAUGGAAUUCCAAAUGAGCAUAUUUUAGGGGUCAUUUCUGUCUUGUUCCUCAAACUUGAGAAGAUGUCAUAUGUCUUUAUGAAGGAUCUAGUGCUUAAACUUGCCAACUUGAUUCUAGCUAAUGGGACCACAUCCAACACCGACCAUCUUCGGGACUGUAUUGGAUCCGCUGUAAUUGCUAUGGGACCAGAGAGGAUACUUACUCUUUUACCUAUCUCCCUUCAUGAUGAUUUCACUUGUAUGAACAUUUGGUUGAUACCUAUUUUAAAAGAUUAUGUUGUUGGAGCAUCACUACGGUACUAUAUGGAGCAUAUUGUGCCUCUUGCAAAAUCCUUUAAGCGGGCUAGUCAUAAAGUUAAAAAGUUGGCUAUCAAUCAAGAUCUGCAGGCUUAUGCGCAUGACCUGUGGGGACUGCUGCCUGCUUUCUGUCACCAUCCGACUGAUACUUACCAAAAUCUUGGACCUUUGACUGAAACAUUAGUUCGUUUUCUAAAGAAGGACUCCUUUAUGCAUGAAAGUAUUGCUGUUGCCUUACAGGUUCUCGUGUCUCAGAACAAAAAUGUUCUUAGCACAAGAACAGAUGCUGGUGAAUCAAAUUCAUAUGCAGUAAAAAAUUCUGUGUUAGACUUUGGAAAUGUACCCACUUAUUCAAAGAAGACAGCAACCAAAAACAUCAAGGCUUUGACAUCAUGUUCGACAGAGUUGCUUAUGGCGCUAACGGACUUAUUUGUUGAUUCACUGCCUGAGAAGCGCUCGUAUCUAAAGGAUGCCAUUGGGAGCUUGGCUUCUAUUACCGAUUCUUCUAUUACGAAAAAGAUUCUCUUGUCAUUAUUAGAGAGGUUUCAGUUUGUAGAUGGUGAGGGUGACUUUGAAAAGAUGUGGAGUCAUAACCAAGCGUUGAUUGAUAAAGAACAACGCAGUUUAAAUAGUACAGAGAAAGAUGUUCAGAGGCGUGUGAUACUGGCGCUAGCGUCAUCUUUUGUUGAAGGAGCAAAGGAGGAUCUUAUUGAUCUAAUUUAUAAAUUUAUUGCACACACUUUUCAGGUAACUAAUGAGACUGUUCAUCGUGAAGCAUACAACACCUUGAGCAGAAUUCUAGAGGAACAUGCCUUGUUUUCUUCUUCACGAUUUGUUGAGCUUAGUGCUCUGUUACUUGAUCUCAAGUCUCCUGUUGAUAUUGCAUCUCUUAAAAGUCGUUUUGCAUGUUUCCACAUUCUAAUGGUUCACGCGUUGAAGAUGAGCUUGGAGGAAGAGAAUACAAAGGCUUUUCUUUUUCUGAAUGAGAUUAUACUCACAUUAAAGGAGGGCAAUGAAGAAGCUAGAAAAGCUGCUUAUGAUGUGCUCCUUGAGAUAAGUUCCAGUUUGAGAGACUCACCAGGGGUAUCUGAUCCACCAUAUCAUAAACUGAUUACCAUGAUAAUGGGCUAUUUUUCUGGCUCGUCUCCUCAAAUAAAGAGUGGAGCAGUAUCCGCCUUGUCAGUGUUGGUAUAUAAAGAUGCAGAUAUCUGUCUUUCAAUGCCUGAUCUUGUGCCCUCUCUUUUAUCUUUGCUGCAUACCAAAGCUGUGGAAGUUAUAAAAGCUGUUUUGGGCUUUGUGAAAGUAUUAGUGUCCUGCUUACAAGCCAGAGAUCUGCGGAGUCUUCUUUCCGAUAUUGUCAAUGAAGUACUCCGAUGGUCAUCUGUCUCCAGACAUCAUUUUAGAUUAAAAGUCUCUGUCAUAAUGGAGAUACUGAUACGGAAGUGUGGUUGUGCAGCAGUUGAGUUAGUAACUCCAGAGAAAUAUAAGAGUUUUCUCAAGACUGUCUUCGAGAACCGCCGUAACAAAACAAGUUCCAAAGAAACUGGCACUGGCGAUAUGGAUAUGAUCCACGAUUAUUCAUCUGCCAAGGCUUCUGAUUCCAUGCCUGAGAAGAAACGCAAAAAAUUUGGUUCUCCGUCAGAGGAAAAUGGUUCAGAAGAACAAAGGAAGACAAAGAGGGAGAAGAAAAAUAAUGUGCGCUCCUCUAUUUCAAACGAGUCUCACUCAUCCAAUGCUAAUGGUGGUGCUUUAAGAUCAGCUAACAGAACUAAGCAUUCUAAUAACGAAAAAUCAAUGAAUGGUCGGUCAGAAGGAAGACGAAAUAAGGGCAACAGGAAUUACAACACAGGUCCUAAAAGCGGUGAAAAGAGAAAGUCAAUGGAGCAGACAAAUAUGGGCAAGAAAGAUGAAGUAGCAGUUCAUACACCUUCUAAUGCUUCCAAAUUACGCAAACACAAGAAGGUAGGAAGGAAACAACAGAAAAUUAAUAAAUGAGUAACAAUCAUUAUGCACAAGUCUGAAUAUCAAUCGCUUCUAUAAAGCAUGAUAAGAAUUUGGUACUCACCUUAUACUACUGAAGUGAUAGAUGUUCAUGAAGAGAAGAGGAAGCCAUUAACAUUUUUGCCCGGAAGUCGUUUUCUCACAAACCUGCAGAGAUAAAAAAACUGUGUGUGGUGUGUUGGUUUUAUUAGGUGUGCUUAAUUCUCAAUAACUAUUGGUGCUAUGGUCGGAUAGAAGGCUUUGCUCUGCAUAGAUAUGACUGGGAAGGCAUAACUAUGUAUAUAUAUCUUGUUUAAUGGUCUACAAGAGCACAUGUUUGCUAUUAAUCUACAUGUUAUGUACAAUAUAUGUACCUCCUAUUGCAUAUAA